UAUGCAUACAUUAUAGGCCUGUAUGUAUAUACUGUACAUUUUGUUCAUGGGCAAGAUAUUUCAAAGAUCUGCUCUGGGUUUUCGGAGACUCACGUAUAUGUUACCUAACAUUUCAAAGCAACAAGCAAACCCUAGCCAAUAAUCACUCUCUGCUCACCCAUUACACCUCUGAUUCUUCUCAAGCUUGCUUUUUUCUUGAUUAAUCUAUCUAUCCCUCAGUUUUAGAUGGAAGCAAACUUAAACAGUGUUACUCAAGAAUCACCUCAAUCCACUCACAUUGACCUGACUGAUGGACAAUUCAUGCUAGAUGCAUGUGCAUGGUGCCAAAAGGUUGUUCCUUUUAAUGUUCAUGAUUGUGAAGAUAUAAAUGUAUGUGGUGAUUGUAAGGUUUUGCUGCUAGAGGAGCUUGGAACACCCAUACGAGAUAGUCGUCAGAGGCAGACAGCCAGAGUUCGAAGGGCAAGGUACAACAAUUCAGAGUCUAGAGAGAAUCUGUUCUCACAACAAUUCACAAGUAUGCUUAAUUUGUCAAGGCAAAGGCAGCAGACUACUCAUGAGCAUGACACUCAAUCUGUUGAUACUGCUGGAGGGAGGUCAAUGAACCGUACAAGUUCUCAAACUACUCCACUUGGAUCUGGUAGAUGGAGGAGGGUACUUUCUGAUACAGAAAGCGAUGGUGUUGAUUCUCUGUACGGGGAGAGUGAAUCAAAUGUCAGCUUUAGCGGGUAUAUUUCGAUUAGUGGUUAUGGAGAAGAAUCUGAUGCUUCUGCAGAUGGUCACAGUUUUAUGGACAGUGACUUUUUAGCCCAUCCUGGUGCCGGAAUUUAUAUUGACAUUGGUUCUGAUAUUGACCCUAUGCAUGCUGGAGUUGACCAAUGGAAUUCGGAUGACCAGGAUGAAGAAGGUGAAGAUGAUAAUGACAAUGAAUGGGGAGAAGGAGAUCCUGGGAGAAAUACAGGACUCUCUCCUAGUCCUGGAGUAAGACUUCACUUACCUUUACCUUCACCAACACGUUGGCACCGGCCAUUUCGUUCUCCCGAAUCUCAUUUGCGAAUCAGAGAGAGAAGACGGACAUACAUGCCUGACGCAGUUGCAAAUUUGGAGGAAUCAGAGUUGCAUUAUUAUGGUGAGGAUCCCAGCAACUUUCUUGAUGCGAGGGGCUUUGAGGAGCUGAUUGAGAAUCUUGCUGACAUUGAUGGUUCAAGAAGAGGAGCACCUCCUGCAGCUGUCUCUUUUGUAAAAAGUCUCCCAAGUCUAGUUAUUAGCGAGGACCAAGAGAAGCAGGAUGGUUUGGUCUGUGCAAUUUGCAAAGAUUCUCUAUCCGCUGGCACUGUUGUAAACCAGCUUCCUUGUUUUCACCUUUAUCAUCAUUCCUGUAUUCUACCAUGGUUAAGUGCUCGUAGCACAUGCCCACUUUGUCGAUUUGAACUUCCCACCGAUGUCAAAGAUUGUGCUCAGAGCACUCUUAGAGAUUUGGUGAUUAAUGAAAUUUCACAGAACAGCUUAAAUGACGAUGGUUUCUCAGAGAUAUCUGAUAGUAGUAGUGAAACAGUAGAAGAUUCUGAGGUUAUUCGGCAUUCCGUGGAGCAGAGGGUUCUGGAAUCUGGUGCUCGUUCCUUGGAGUGUUCUGGUGGGCAAAAUUUGAGAAGAAGAUGGUUCAUUGCUGCUACUGCUCCUAUCAUCAGUCUUGUGGGCAUAGUCCUGGUAUUGUGGUUAGGCAGCCCUCUUACAGAGGGAACACAACCAGUUCAUCACGAUAACUGCACAGAACAUCCAAAUCACAACCUGCUAUCCGGCCCUCACAGCCAAAGAGAGAAUCGGGGUCGGAGGUGGUGGCCCUUUUAGAUAUAUUUACUGGCCACUAAAUUUUUUGUGGAAUUGGUAAGUAGUUCAGGCCUCUAAUGGUAUGUCACAGCUGACCUAGACUUUCAUAGCUGCAGUGUUUAUUUUUCACAUUGUGUUACAUUGCUUGGGUUUCAUUUGAUUGUUUUUAUGGUAUUUAGAAUCGGAACAUAUCCUGCAUAUCUAGUGGCCGCAGCUUUGAUUGGAUUUUUGCUUUGAACUUGUUGAAAUGUACACGACACCUGAAUUGAACACAAUGAAUAUGUAUAAUUAGAUGCGGUUUGACACAUCGACUUGAAAGUUCAAGUUCUUGAAGGAACUUAAUUGAUUAGUUCAAGUUCUUGAAGGAACUUAAUUGAAUUGUUUCUUAUACUUUAA